AUGGGGAAAGGGGGAGACCUUUGGGACGAUUCUGCCCUAGUCAAAGCCUUCGACGACGCCAUUUCCAAAUACAAGGCUAUGCACAGGAUAAGCGGCCCGGAUGUGGAGGAGAAGGCAAAUACUGACAAAGAGGAAGCUCCGACGACUGUCGAAGCUGACGAUGGAAACGACACGCUCCGAUCCCAUGAUGAAAAGUCACCGAGUGAUGAGAACCUUCACACGCAGCUGGAAGAAGGCACUGCUAAAAAUGGAGAAAAUGGCGAGCUUUCACAAAUCAAGGAGAAUUGUAUCGAUGUUCAAAAUGGUGCCAAUGGAGGAGGAGAUUCUGCUGCAAAGCCAUUUGAUGUACAUACUCAAAACCUGACUGCGUGGAAUUCAAGUGCUCCCGAGGAAUAUAACGAGUUGCUGAACAAAUAUUACGAGCUCGAGGGACAGAGGCAGCAAGUUCUCCAGCAAAUUAAUCAAUACAGCAGCUGGAAUUAUCAACAUGCUGUGUCUAAUGCAUCCACUUCAGGGUAUCAAUCAUGUGCUCCUCAACCCCACGAUACUGUCACAUGUUACUGCCCGUACGGCUGUCAAAACUGGGCUGUUCCAAUUAAUUCAGUACCCGCUUGUUGUUCGGGUAAGUCUAAGGAUUCAACAAUUCCUGGAGAUUCUGAUUUUGUUCAGAAGGCGAUGUUUGCUGCCGAAAGAGCAUUGUCUUCAAUCAAGAAGGGAGCAGAUGGAGUGGAAGACAAACAUGCUGGGAUUGAAGUAAGUGAUGCUGCUAAAGACACCAAAUCUUCUACUGAUCUCGAUGUGGUUCUAAGCGCUUGGUACCGUGCAGGCUUUUACACUGGAAAGUAUAUAUCUGAGCAGUCUAUGGAAAAGAGCAAACAUAGUCAAAGCCCUUGA